AUGUCGACACAAUUUCUUUCAACACUAAGUCAAAAUUAUAUUGAAUUAUUGGAUAAUAAUGAAUAUUACGAUAUUACAGUUGAAGUUGGCAAAGAUUCUAAUAGAUUACCGAAUAUAUCACCAAAAGUUUUUCAAAUUAUUUUAAGGUAUAUUUAUGGUGGUAUUCUUUCAUUGAAUGAACAAAAUGCUUCCCAAAUUUUUCAAAUUUUAUUGGCAGCAGAUGAACUAGAUCUUCAAGAAUUAAUUGGUUAUUUACAAAAAUACUUGGUUGAAAAUGAAUCUGAAUGGAUGGAACAACAUUUUGAAUUCAUUCAUCGAACAAGUUUUCAAUACGAUUCUUUAUCGGAAAUUCGACAAUUUUGCAGAGAUUUAACGGCAAAAUCUCCAGAGAAAGUAUUUAAAUCACUUGAUUUCACUUUACUUCCUGAAAAAUCUUUAGUUCAACUCAUUAAAAGAGAUGAUUUGCAAAUGAAAGAGAUUGAGGUCUGGGAUCAUGUAUUAAAAUGGGGUCUUGCACAAAAUCCUACAUUUGAUCUUAAUGACUUAUCAGAUGCUGAUUUUAAAACAAUGAAAAAUACCUUACAACAUUGUUUACCUUGGAUUAGAUUUUUUAGUUUAUCAUCCAAAGAAUUUUUACAAAAAGUUCAUCCUUAUAAAAGGCUCUUAAACCACCAAGUUUAUGAAGAUUUAUUAAAUUCUCAUGUGGAUCCUGAUACUGAACCAGCCGACAAUAUUUUACUUCCUAGAAGUAUUAAAAUUGAGAGAAUUAUUGAUUCAGAAAUUGUUAAUCUAGUUCUUGUUUCAGCUGUUUUAAGAUGGAUUGAUAAAACAGUUAUCAUUAUUAAUGGAAAAUUUGAUCAUUUAAGAGAAUUAUAUUUACCAUACAAAUUUGAAUUAUUAUUAAGAGGAAGUCGAGAUGGAUUUACUCCAAAAAAAUUUCAUCAAUUAUGUAAUGGUAUACCUAAUACUGUUACUUUUAUCAAAGUAAAAGGAUCAGAAGAGAUUAUUGGUGGAUACAACCCUAUAACUUGGGAAACUUCUGAUAAUAAGGGUAAAACUAAAGAUAGUUUUAUUUUUUCUUUUAAAAAUAAAAAUAUUAAAGAUGCAAUUUUUAGUAACGUACGAGACACAGCAGAAUUUGCAGUUUGUUAUUGUCGAGCCGAUGGUCCAUUUUUUGGCAGAGAUAUUAUCAUACGUGCUUCUAAUGAAUCAACAAAUUAUGAUACAAGUUACUGUGGAUGGGUACAUUAUGAAAAAAUGAUAAGAGCUGAAGGUAAAUUUCAAAUAGAAGAUUAUGAAGUAUUUCAGGUUAUAAAGAGAUAG